CGGAGUCGACUCUCCGGCCAGGGUUCGGCUCACCUCAUCCAGCAGGGACGGAAGUGCACUCCCCCCGGCACCACGGACUAGCGGGCCGGGCCUCGCCCCAGCGGGCGAUCAGGCCUUGGGGAGCUCCUGCGCCCGAGGCAUCAUGAAGCGGGCAGGAACUCUGCGCCUGCUUUCGGAUUUGAGCAACUUUACCGGCGCGGCCCGGCUGCGAGAGCUGUUGGCCGGGGACCCAGAUGUCCGAGUCCGCUGCAGCCCCGAUGGCCGCCACCUGCUGCUGUUAAGACCCCCCGGGUCGCCUGCCCCGCAGCUUCUCGUGGCUGUGCGUGGGCCGGGCCUGGCGCUCGAGCGUGCCUGGCCGGAGGGCCACCCCUCGCCGCUGGACGCCUUCUUCGUUCCGUGGCUGGCGCGACCCGCGCUGAUCCUGGUGUGGGAGAGUGGCCUAGCAGAGGUGUGGGGCGCGGGGAUGGAGCCUGGCUGGAAGCUCCUCCAGAGCACUGAGUUGUGUCCGGAUGGUGGAGCCCGCUUGGUGGCCGUGGCAGCAACUCGAGGCCGCCUAGUUUGGUGUGAGGAGCGUCAGCUGGGCGUUGAGGACCAGCCAGAGCGGCUUUCAAUGGCUUUCAGCCACUGUGUGUGCGUCAAGACCCUGGAGACCGGCGGGGAGGCUGGCACCAAACUAGGCCGCACACACAUCCUGCUGCACCACUGCCCCCCUUUUGCACUGAUAGCCUCCCGCAAGGACCUCUUCCUGGUGCCCACAACCGCCACUUGGCCUGGUGUGGCCCAUGUUCUGCUCAUCUGGAGCCCCAGCAAGGGCAAGGUGACAGCUGCCGCCCCAUCUCUUGGUCUCUCUUACAGUAAAAGCCUGAAUCCCAGACAGGGAGAUACCUGGGACUUUCGGACCCUGCUGCGAGGCCUUCCUGGGUUCCUGUCCCCCAGGGAGCCAUUGGCUGUCCACACCUGGGCCCCAUCUUCCCAUGGCCUAUUACUGCUUGACUUCAAAGGCAAGGUGAGCCUAGUGCAGUGCCAUGGUGGGACUCGAACUGUGGGAACCCUACAGGAGGCCCCCGUAGGCCCAGAGGGGUCUGCAGCCCUGGGGACAUUUCAUGGCACGUUAGCCUGCGUCCUGGGCUCCACGUUGGAACUACUGGACAUGAGCAGUGGGCAGCUGUUGGAAAGGAAGGUCCUAAGUACAGCCCGAGUCCAUCUGCUGGACCCGCCAGCCCCUGGCAUGAAGAACGAGGACGAGCUGGAGACCCGGGGAGCGCUCUGUUUGCUUUCAGCCUUGGGGCUCUUCUGCGUGGGCUGGGAAGCUCCCCAAGGCCUGGCGCUCCCCUCAGACAAGGAUCUAGUGUUUGAGGAGGCCUGUGGCUACUACCAGCGACGGAGCCUGCGAGGUACCCAGCUUACCCCGGAAGAACUGAGACACAACAGCACAUUUCGGGCGCCGCAGGCCUUGGCCUCCAUCCUUCAGGGCCACCUGCCCCCAUCUACACUGUUGGCUAUGCUGAGGGCCGAGCUUCGCGAUUACCGGGGUCUAGAGCGCCUCAAGGCCCAGCUGGUGGCUGGGGACGAGGAGGAGGCUGGCUGGACUGAGCUGGCAGAGCACGAGGUGGCCCGCCUGCUGAGGACCCAGCUGACCGGGGACCAGCUGGCCCAGUUCAACACCAUUUUCCAAGCCCUUCCCGCCGCAGCUUGGAGUGCCACCCUCCAGGCCCUGCAGCUCCAGCCGGAUAGGACUGGCAGGCUGAGGUCCCAGGCACCCCCUGAUGUAUGGAAGAAGGUCCUGAGGGGUCCCACAGCUGGAAAGGAGCACCCCAAUGGAGUAUUGCCUCCCUUUGAACUCCUGUGUCGGUGUCUUCGCCAGCUGGAGCCCCAGUGGCUCCCCUCAUUUGUGGAGCUGGCACAGCAGCAGGGUGGGCCCGGCUGGGGGGCCGAGGGCCCCGGUCUGCCCCUUUAUCGGCGAGCCCUAGCGGUGCUCGGGGAGGAAGGGAAGAGACCCGAGGCCCUGGAACUGGAGCUGCUUCUGGGCAGUGGGCGGCCCAAGGCCGUGCUGCAAGCUGUGAGGCGGCUCAUAGAGAAGGAACAGUGGGAGAGGGCCCUGGAGGCCGGCCUGGCCCUUGACUCCUCCAGCCCCCUGCUUCGGAGUGAGAUCUUCAAGCUCCUGCUGGCGGAGUUCGCCCGGCACCGCCGCCUCGACGCCCACCUCCCCCUCCUUUGCCGCCUGUGCCCACCGGACGUGGCUCCCGAUGAGCUCCUGCUCUUACUGAGGACACAUCUCCCAGAUGAUGUGGGCACCUCCAACCCUUUCCCUGAGCCUGGGGCGGAGCCCCCUCUCACGGUGGGCUUGGUCAGAGCCCUCCUAGAACAGACUGGGGCUCAGGGACGGCCCUCUGGCCCAGUUCAAAGCAAAUACGAGGACAUCCUAUGGGAUCCGGGCACUCCACCCCCUACCCUACCUCGUGGACCUGUUGCUGCUCCGCAGGCAUCGGAGCACCCAGGACCCGAAGCGUGGGCGCCCUCUGGACAGGGACUCUGCGCAACUGACGUGGGAGGUCAUCUGUAGACCACAGGGAUGGGGAAGGGUGCCGGGGGUUGGAGAGGACAGAAGUGGAAUUUUCGUGUGCAAUACUGUCUGUUGUGGAAGAAUUUUUAUAAUAUAUGCAAAUACCAAAUAUAGUCACAGUUCUUUGUAUUUUUUGAACAGCUAAGGGUUGCAGCUUAUAGAGGGAAUGGUUGAAUCUGGAUCUCUUUCAUAAAGCAGCCACCCCUGGUUAUGAAAACAACAAUCAUUAACGUUUCCUAUGUGCUAGGUAACCGUGGAUCUUUAUAGAAACCUCGUCUAAUGUGUCUCCUAACCCCACUGGGAAAAUAUCAGUGUUAUCUCCAUUUUCUAGAUGGAAGAAAUAGCUGUCCAGGAAGAUUAAAUAGCUUGGCCAAGUAUGUCAGCUAGAACAUAGAGGCUUUAACACAUGAACCAUCUCAUUAUUUAGCCCAGUGGCUCCUGCCUAUCUGGGCCUGCUCAUGAUUCUCAUCCAGUGCUGGCUUUCUCUAUUGCUACAAGGAGAGAAUUCCAUGGAGCUAUAGCUUUCUUUCCCUAGGUCUCUUCUGCCCCUGAGUAGGAGCUGUGGUGGGCCCUGAGCCCAGGUUUCUUUGAGUAGACCCUGGUUUCUACAGACAGGUCAACUACCAGUGAUGAGUCACAGAGCAGGCCUCUUCGGAGGUCCUCACACCUCUACUCACGCUCUAAGCCAAGAGACAGGAGCAGAAGCAACAGCCAAGUUCUUGUUUUUCUGGACCCCUCUGAAGACGCUGUGCUUUCUGCCCACUUCCACCGAAGUGGCCUCCCUCUCUGCUUGUGGCUUAGUUAGGACCCUGAUGCUACUCAUCAUCCCAGGUGCCAACUACUCCUUGCCCAGGAGAGUAGGAACUGUCACUCACCAGGCGGUGAUGUUGCACGCCUUUAAUCCCAGCACUCAGGAGGCAGA